AUGUCCUCACUCCUCAGAUCCGUCACAAGAUUCUCAUCCCGCGUCGCCGUCCGCCAGUCAUCACGCCUCCUCGUUACAAAGUUCCACCUCCAGCCCUUCAGUGUCAACGCCGCCAAGAUGUCUGAGCAGUCCAUCGUCUUCACCAAGAACGCCCCGGCCCCUGUUGGUCCCUACUCCCAGGCCAUCAAGACUCCCACCGCCAUCUACUGCUCCGGCCAGAUCCCCCUCACUCCCGAGGGCAACCUCCUCGAGGGCACCAUCACCGACAAGACCAAGCAGUGCAUCACCAACCUCAAGGCCGUCCUCGUCGAGGCCGGCUCCUCCAUCGAGAAGGUCGUCAAGGUCAAUAUUUUCCUUGCCGACAUGGGCGCCUUUGCUGAGAUGAACGGCGAGUACGAGAAGUGGUUCACCCACAAGCCCGCCCGCAGCUGCGUCGCCGUCAAGACUUUGCCCAAGAACGUCGACGUCGAGAUUGAGGCCAUUGCCCUCCCCUGA